AUGGCGGUUCCAAAAGACCCAACUUCUGCGGAGAUUGCGCAUUUCCUCUCAACUCGUAGUGGCGACCAGAUGAUGCAAUUGGUACAAUCCAUCAGAGAACCUGCUGCCCAAGCUACACUCACAGCUUCAUUACUUUUCGUACCACCUACAGUUGGCACCAGGACCACGGCUCCAGAGAAGACCAGGAAAGCUCUAAAUGCGUUCGUUGGUUUUCGAUGCUACUACAUUCUCAUCCCUGUCUUCAAGCCAUGGCCUAUGAAGAAGCUGUCUAACCCCAUGGGAGUUAUGUGGGAAGCGGAUCCCAACAAAUCGCUGUGGUCCUUGAUGACGAAAGCCUGGUCCGUCAUCCGUGAUCAGAUUGGCAAAGACAAGGCUCCUCUUGACCAAUUCUUUCGGAUCAUCUGUCCUUACCUCAACAUACCGUCGCCAGGGACUUAUCUCGAGCGUUGCGGUUGGAUACUCAACACUGACGAGGAGGGCACCCCAACUCUUUUGAGGGAUUUCGCUCCGUCACCAGGUGCUUUCAGCGCUGGAUUCGCAGACAUGGCCCUGUCCGUCGAAGACAUCAUCAGCUAUUGCCAGUCAAUGGGAUAUGCCCAAGAGUACAUCUCCGACUUCGAAACCCACUCUCCAACAUCCCUUGCCCAGUCUUGUAGCCAAUUUACUGGCAAGAGCACCUCGGUCAAGUCACAGACUCAAAUUGCAAGCUCUACUCACGAGGGUCGACUUGCAGCACGCAACAAGCGACGAGCUAAGCGACAGACCGCCAGGGACACUGGAGUCGCACCGGUGCUACAACAGCAGAUCGUCAACGCCCACAUUACCGAUGGCUUGAAUGUCACAUACCAUGACAACUCUAUUCUCGGUCACAGCGAACCCGUGGAGUUUCACGAUGAUCUUGCUGAUAUGUUAAUUAAUCACAUAGGACAGGACCAUCAGGGUAACCCUAGUACUCCUGCUGAUUUCAUUGUCACUGGGAAUCCUAUCAUGGCAAGCUGGACAGAUUGGAGUGCAUUUCGACCCGGCGCAGACGAGAAUGCUACUCUUCCCAGCUUCGACCCUGCGACUUUAUGA